CAUGGAGCUUGGGCAAUAGUUUAAAAUCCAAAUGAUAAGCUUUGCUUAGCUUCUAUGGCUCGGCGUCUCCAUGCAUAGACUGGCUGGCGCUAGUUUUGAAGUUCCUUUAUCUAUUAAACAACCCAUUUUUACCUAUCUAAACUUGUCUUCUUUCUUCUUCUUCUUCUUCUUCUUCUUCUUCUUCCUUCUCUCUCUCAAAUGUACAUGAAAAUGAAAGGGCUUAGUUUCAGAGGGCUCACAUUUAUGUUUGUGGUGGCAUUUCUUGUCUGGUCUUCUAGUUUGGGGGGCUGCCAUGGGAGAGCCACAGGCAAGCAUUGGAGCAAGAACAGAGUGGCCUCGGCCACUCACUCCUCCAAGAAAGGGAAGGCUCACAGUCACGGCGGCGGUCACAAUGGCAACCGCCGUGGCGGUGCAUCAAAGACAAAGCCACCGUCCACUAAGCCGAAACAAGAUGUCCCUCCCAGCCUGCCGCCCCAGAAGGGCGGAGGAGGCUUCAAAGGCGGCCAUUCUUCCAGGUUUAACGUGCUCAAUUUUGGAGCCAGAGGCGAUGGAGUAACGGAUGACACUAAGGCAUUUCAGGACACGUGGAAAGCCAGUUGCAAGGGGGUAGCUUCAACCUUCGUCGUCCCAUCAAACUACGUCUUUUUACUAAGCCCCAUCUCCUUCUCUGGUCCGUACUGCCAACCCGAUAUUAUAUUCCAGUUGGACGGGACAAUCAUUGCACCGACGGACUUCAAAGUUUGGGGCAAAGGUCUAUUACAAUGGCUACAAUUCACGAAGUUGAUAGGACUUACCAUACAAGGACAUGGAGUUAUUGAUGGAAGGGGUUCAGUAUGGUGGCAUGUUUCACCUUUUCAUGAUCCCAUUGACGAUGAAUCCAAACUAUUUAUCCCACUCAACAGCACUGUACAAGAAAAGUCACCAUUCCCAGAAAGAAGUGAGCUUGUGGGAAAGGUGCCUAGCAUCAAACCAACUGCCCUGAGGUUUUAUGGAAGUUUUAACGUUACUGUCACUGGCAUAAAAAUUCAGAACAGCCCUCAAUGCCACCUUAAGUUCGACAAUUGCAUUGGAGUGUUGGUUCAUAAUUUUAGUGUUUCAUCUCCAGGUGACAGCCUCAAUACUGAUGGAAUUCAUCUGCAGAAUUCCAAGGAUGUGCUAAUCCACAGCACCACUCUUUCUUGUGGAGACGACUGUAUUUCAAUACAAACUGGUUGCUCAAAUGUGUAUAUACACAACAUCAAUUGUGGGCCAGGACAUGGAAUCAGCAUUGGAAGUCUAGGGAAGGACAACACAAAGGCUUGUGUUUCUAACAUCACUGUCCGGGAUGUAAUUAUGCACAACACAAUGAAUGGCGUCAGAAUCAAAACGUGGCAGGGUGGAUUAGGUUUUGUACAGGGAGUCCUUUUCUCAAAUAUUCAGGUUUCUGAAGUUAAGAUACCAAUAGUCAUAGACCAAUUCUACUGUGACAAAGCCAAAUGCUCAAACCAAACUGCAGCUGUGGCUUUAUCAGGAAUAAACUAUGAAAGAAUAAGAGGUACUUACACAGUAAAGCCAGUACACUUUGCCUGUAGUGAUAAUCUGCCAUGUACAGAUAUAUCACUAACUGCAAUAGAGCUCAAGCCACUUCAAGAACUCUAUCACUUAUACGGGGCUUUCUGCUGGCAAACUUUUGGAGAGUUGAGAACGCCUACUGUCCCACCAAUUGAUUGCUUACAUAUUGGGAAGCCAUCAAGCAACCAAAUCCAGUACGAUUUUGAUUCUUGUUGAGUGUGGAGUCGAUUUUCAUUGGUGUAUUCACUUGUGUGGUUGGCAUGAUUUUCCAACCCCUUUUGACACCAUGAACUUACGCUUGUACAUUUUAGUAGUCCUGGUUCAUAAGAUUAUUCAGCAAAAGUUAUAGUUUUGCCCGUUGAGAUAGGGACAUGUUGCUCUGUCUAUAGUGUAGUAUUAGUAUGCUGCUAGUUUGUCAUGGCAUGCUUCACUGGGCCGCAUUAUACUAAGACUCUACGAAGGUUUCUAACAAAUCCGUCUUUUUGUACUUCAAA